GUAAUCCUAUCGGAAGCGGAAGUACGUUAACGGAAGUGACACAACGCAAGACAACAAAUAUGGCGACCUGUUCGCUGGUGUGCUGCGAGGAGCAAAGUGACUCGGAUAAAGCAGUUAUAGUUAGCUUUUCCAAUGGCAACGUCCAAAAGGCAGAGAAACUGGACUUUUUCAUGUACAGGAGCGCAGAUGAGGUCAACCCCAGGAAAAAACCCAGACGGAUGAUGGUGGCUGAAUCGGCCAGGAUGUCCUAUGUCGGGCAGAACUUUGGAGUGAGUUCCCUAAAAUGCAACCAUCUCUGCAAAUAUUAUGUCGGAGUGUUGAACAAGCAGACCAUGCAGAUGGAAGUGCACAGUGCACAGAUGUUCAACAUGCAGCCUGUUGUGCCAGAAGAAACAGCGACGGCGAAGCCAAACGACACAGUUUCGACCCACAAAGAAAAGGUGGACUCUCUGAUUGAGGCGUUUGGCACCAACAAACAAAAGAGAGCUCUGAGCUCUCGCAGGCUGAACCAGGUGGGCAGCGAGAUUCUGAACCAAGCGGUCGCUAAGGCUGCCAACAGCGUCAUCGAUGAGAAGGGUCUGGAAGCUUUGCAGCAGGAAGUGGCCCAGACCGAGUCCCUGGCAGAUUUUGCGCUCUACCUUCCUCCCUGUAACGCGGACGCAGACACGCCUGAGAACGUCUACCCGUUGGAUGAACUCCUAAGUCCAGUGGACUUCCAGGCUCUGGAGCAGGCCGGUUCUAAGAUGGCAGCGUUGAGCCCUGAAGAGCUGCAGACUAUGAAAGACAGCGGAGGGCUUGGGUCUGUGGUGAAGCACCUGGAGACGAUGCCCAGUGGCGGUGAAGCCCGUGACAAGAUGGCCGGCUGUGCCUUUUACCUUUCCAUGCUCCUCAAACUGUCACAGCAGAAGAACAUCACCCGCAAGUUCGGCGUGGAGGAAGGCUGCCCUCGCAUCGUGCAGACCAAAAUACUUCGGACUUUCACAGUGGAGACCUUCAACAAUGGAAGGGUCCAGAACAUGGUUUCUACAUCUAUGCGCGCCAAGGUAACAGCAUACUGCCUCGCUCUCCUGCUCCAUAUGGGUCACAUGACGGCCGACCUCACAUUACUGCAUCGCGACCUGCCGAUCAGCGAGGCCAGUGUGGUGGAAGUGGCCAGGUCCAUGGGGCUGACCCUGGAGAAGAUGCCCCGUGGGAGGAAGAGCGCGGCAAGCCUGCAGGACGAACACAAACACGCCUCCCUGGUCCUCCCCCUGGUCCGGCACAAGCAGUUGCUGUCAAACCGCAAACGCAAGAAGAUGUCCUGAGGACCUGGUACAGAUGAGUAAAAAGGACCGCGAUGUGGUGAAGAAAUAAAAGGAUUAAAAUGAAGUUGACUAGUCCAAGAGUGAAGAAACUCGAGUUCGGCUCUUUGGUUUUGCCUAUGAAGCUGCAGCUACUAUCAGGGGUUGAAAAGAGGCACAGAUUUACUGAGAUGUCCGAUAAAUGCUUUAAAAUGUAAUAUCGGAAAUUAUCGGUAUCGGUUUCAAAAAGUAAAAUGUAUGACUUUUUAAAACGCCGCAGUACGGAGUGGUACACGGACGUAGGGAGAAGUACAGAGCAGUUGCGUCUCCCAGUCAUACUUGCCAACCCUCCCCAUUUUCCCGGGAGACUCCCAAAUUUCAAUGCCCCUCCCGAAAAUUUCCCAGGGAAACCAUUCUCCCGAUUUCCACCCAGACAACAAUAUUGGGGGCGUGCCUUAAAGGCACUGCCUUUGCGUGCCGGCCCAGUCACAUAAUAUCUACGGCUUUUCACACACACAAGUGAAUGCAAACGCAUACUUGGUCAACAGCCAUACAGGUCACACUGAGGGUGGCCGUAUAAACAACUUUAACACUGUUACAAAUAUGCGCCACACUUGUGAACCCACACCAAACAAGAAUGACAAACACAUUUCGGGAGAACAUCCGCACCGUAACACAACAUAAACACAAGAGAACAAAUACCCAGAACCCCUUGCAGCACUCUCUUCCGGGACGCUACAAUUGAGUUGAUUUAUUUUGGAAAACCUUGUUACAUUGUUUAAUGCAUCCAGCGGGGCAUCACAACAAAAAUUAGGCAUCAUAAUGUGUUCAUUCCACGACUGUAUAUAUCGGUAUCGCUUGAUAUCGGAAUCGGUAAUUAAGAGUUGGACAAUAUCGGAAUAUCGGCAAAAAAGCCAUUAUCGGACAUCUCUAGUUGGAAGUGUGCGGGUGUAAAAACAAACAGCUGUGUGGUUCAUUUCAAAAGAGGCCAAAGUAGAGGACCCUCAUCAGGAGGUCUAAAGUCCAAAGAUUCAGAUUUCAGGAGUCAAUGUGAGCAUGGUUCCCAGAAUAAAUCUGAGCUACUAGAGCAGGGGUCCCCAAAAUUUU